AUCAGAAAUCACAAAAAAUCACUUCAUCUUCCUCGCCUCUCUUUUCCUGCGAAACCUCAUACCAUUUUUGCCCUAACUUUCGCCAUUUCUACCCUAAUUUCCGCCAUUUUAAACCCUCUCUACCAGAAUUCUUCAUCAGUUUUUUUCACAUAUCUACCCAAAAUCUUUCCAAUUCCAGAUGAUUGAUUGUAGAAUGUGAGCAUAGAUGUAAAUAUAGAUUCUUAACGAGGGGCUGCUGAUGUUGCUGUUGAAUGUUGAAGUCCCAUGCUGCUGCUAGUUGCUACUGUUUAGUCAAGUAAGCAAUGUCAUUGGGAGGUUGUUCAAACUCUGGUUCUUUUUAAAGGUGCCAAUGUAUGUUAUUUUUUCUGGCUGCUGUUGUAAAUAGCUCUCAGAAGCUACCAAUUUGUUGUGCUGUGUUUUGCUGGGGACAUCUGAUAUGCUAAUUUUAACUUGACAUGGAAAAGAAACAAGGUAGUUUCUGGUUAAAUAUGUACUGUUAAAUUUCUUUCAUGUGCUGCUGUUGAAUUUGUGAGGAGUUUAGAAGCUAAUAUUCCUACAUUUAUGCUUCAGUCACUACUCAUUACUCUACUCCUUUGGUCCACAAAUUUUGAUAUGUGCAAUGCUAAACGAGGCAGCCAUUGGAGACAAAGCAGACCUCUUUCAGCAUCAUUAUUAAAGAAGAAAGGAAAAAGCCAUGGAUACCAUGACCACAAUCACCAUCACAGCAGUAAACCAAAAGCAUAGCAAAAAACCGCGUUUCCAACAAUGCCAACACCGAGUCCAAGAGUUGACACACCGCCAUUACCUCCGCCAAUGCAGAAAGCUCCAUACUUAAAAGGGUCACCUCCUAAAGCUACGUCACCACCAAAUCCAACACCAAUAGUGGAAAUCCCAUCACCACGAACACAAAAAGGUUCCAGCAUUUUCAGUGUGCUGGAUUAUGGAGCAAAGGUUGAUGGUAGUAGUGAUGACACUGAGGCAAUGAAUGAGAGCAAAAAAAGAGCUACUGUACAAUUGUUAGAUAAGUUGUUGUGCGUCAAAAUACAAAGGAUGGAAAAACAAGUCGUCACCAAGGAACGACUAUGACAAUUACAAAUGCCAAAUACAAGCAUCCAAAAGCAAUUUUGAGACGUUUUACAUUGGUUUUUAGUUUUGUAUUGUAAUAUCAUGACAAUGAUAUUUUUUUGAAUAUCUUUAGAUAUUUUGUUUCUUACGAUUGGCAAAAUUUUUAAACUUAAUGUUAUAAUUGAAGACAUUAUAUAUUGUUUUGAGAUGAAAACUUAUGCAUCAUUUUAUA